AUGAUUGAGCAGCUGGUGGCAAGGAAGCUUGAAGGCAUGGAAGCCAUGAUCCAUAGGAUCCCAGGGGUCCCAGCGCCAAUCGGGAAGAGCUUACCCAGUAGCUUUGCAGACUCCCCAUUCGUGGAUGCCAUAGCACUCAUGGAGAUGCCAAAAAAGUUCAUCUUCCCACUAAUGAAGAUGUACGAUGGAACGAAAAAUCUGAAUGAUCACAUAGCAAGCUACAAGCAACGAAUGUUCACAGCCGCCAUCCCUCGCGAACUACACGAGGCUUGUAUGUGUAAGGGGUUCGGAUCCAAUUUGGUAGGGCCAUCCCUCCAAUGGUGUAUGAACCUACCUAAUAACUCUAUCUUCUCAUUUUCUCAAUUAAGUGACAUAUUUGUAGAGCAAUUUCCUAGUAGCAAGAAGUUGGAGAAGUUAUCUGAUGAUCUUUAUAGGAUCAAACAAAGGAGGGGUGAGUCACUUAGAGACUACGUUGCUAGGUUCAAUACGGAGAAAGUAUACAUCACGUCAUGCAACGUUGAUACAGCGAUUACAGCCUUUCGGAAAGGACUAAUGGUAGAUUCAGACCUUUAUAAAGAACUAACCAAGUAUCCUUACAGGACCAUGGAAGACAUGCUAGCAAAAGCUUGGGCUGAAAUCAAAUGGGAAGAAGAUGAAUCAAACAGACCUACAUAUUCACCCUACCCAAAUGCAAGAGAAAGUAGAAGCACAAGGAGAAUAGAACGCAGAUACAGCCCAUACCAUGAAUUGCACCCAACUACUAGAACCUGCAGACCAGGAAGGGAGCCCAGGCACACACUACCAUCCAGAAGACCAAGAGAACAAGAGAAAACACCCAUCCCAGAGUAUAAUCUAAAUAUAGACCCAGUGGAGAUCGUAGUGGUAAUGAAAGGGAUGGGAAACAAAGUCAAGUGGCCUGAAAAGAUAAAGAAGCCAGCUAAUAAAUGA